AUGAAUGUGGAUCUGUUAAACCGUGACCCAGCUGAAGAGGCCAAAAAACAUAAAUUAAAAAGAUUAAUACCAAGCCCCAAUUCGUAUUUUAUGGAUGUAAAGUGUCCAGGGUGCCUUCAAAUUACUACAUUGUUUAGUCAUGCCCAAAAUGUUGUUUUAUGUGGGAGCUGUAAUAUUAUGUUAUGCCAGCCAACGGGUGGAAAAUGUAAACUAACAGAAGGUUGCUCUUUUAGGAAAAAAAUUGAGUAA